AUGUCCAAUACAAUUGACCAAAAACUAAUAGUUAUUGGGGAUGAAUAUUCUGGUAAAACCUGCUGUUUAAAAUUCCUCACUGAAAAUCAUUUUCUAUCGACUUAUGAUCCUACUGUAUUCAAUCAAAUCUCUAAAGAGAUCCUCAUUAAAAAUGAAGAUGGUACUGGAAAUGACUUGACAGUAAAUCUAAAUAUAUGGGAUACUGCUGGCCAAAACAAUUUUGAUAACUUAAGACAGUUGGCUUAUAAAGAUUCCAAUAUAGUUCUACUAUUUUUUUCAAUCGAUAAUCCAAGCUCUUUUAAAAAUAUCUCAAAACGUUGGAUUCCUGAAUUAGUUUCGAAUUUAGAAUCAAAUUUGAUCUCAAAUAUCCCAAUCCUAAUCGUUGGUUGCAAAAAAGAUUUAAGAGAUUCAAUUUCACGCAAUGGUUACGAUGAUAAUUCACCUGAGUAUUUCGAUCUCUUUUUUAAAAAAUUAGCAAAAGAUAACUCAAAUUUAAAUAUCAUAAGCUAUACCGAAUGUUCAAGUUUAACUGGUGAAAAUAUCGAUAAAUUAUUUUACCAGGCUACUAUACAAUCGUUAAAUUCAAAUAAA